ACGGCAGAGAGCGGACGCGUCGCGUGGAGACUCCAAAACCUUUCCGCGUGGGACGCACGGGCAACGCGCUUUUGUGUUUACCCGCAAAGUUUGGACUCCAGCGUAUAUCCCGCUCGGAUUUUUUAUGAUUUUAUUUUUUAUUUUUGUCUAGAUCGCGUCGUAAAGGAGUUCCAAGCCUGGAAUUACCAUGUUGCCUCAUCUAGUGCUCCUUUUCCUCUCCUCCAGUCUGGUUUCAUCCUUCGAGUGCCCAGCAGAGUGUACUUGUCACAGUCCGGGCUCAAUAUUUUGCAUCAAUCGACGGUCCAACAGUGUGCCCCGAGUCCCAGCCAGCACUGUGAAUCUUUAUAUCUUCCAAAACGGCAUCAAUGCUUUGACCCGAAACGACUUCACAGGUCUAGGGGACUUGGAUUUGCUAGAUCUUAGCCAGAAUGAGUUGGGAGAGCUUCCGGAUGGUGUAUUCAAGGUGUUGUCGAAGCUGAAGAACUUGGAUUUGUCCUCUAAUGUCAUUACACACAUUUCCAAAGACAGCUUUUCUGGCUUGGUGCAGCUUGAGAGACUGUAUCUCCACCAAAAUCUCAUCCAGAGCAUCAAUCAAGAAGCUUUUGAAGGUUUAGAAAUGCUACUGGAACUCAAGCUUCAAGGGAACAAACUCACCUUCUUGCCCUCCCUUAAUUUACCCAGGCUUCUGCUUCUAGACCUGAGUUACAACAACAUCCCAAACCUGGAUGUCUCAGCCCUUCAGACACCCCACUUAGAAGCCCUUAAAAUGGCUUCUCUUGGGCUUAUCUCUUUGCAUGAAGAUCUUGUAGCCUCCUUGAGGAAUCUCCACGAGCUAGACAUCUCCAUGAACCAAUUAGCAGAGGUUCCUCAAGCCCUAAAGAAGGACUCCUUAAAGGGCUUGAUCAAGCUCAACCUAGCUGCCAAUCCAUUGGGUGAGCUCAGGACAGAAGACUUUCAGAAACUCACCGGGCUCCAAGAAUUAGAUCUCAGUGGUCUCAAUCUUCAGGGAUUUCCCCAAGGCUUUUUCCAGACCUUCCCCAGACUGAUAUAUCUGGCAGCAGCUGAGAAUCCAUUCAAUUGUUUGUGUCCCCUCGCUUGGUUUGUAGUAUGGCUUAAAGAGAAGAAUAUAAAUCUAGGGAGGCUUGAGGAGACCAGGUGUCACUUUCCUCUAGCUAACGCUGGGAAGAAGCUUUCAGUACUGGACCACACGGAUUUGGGAUGUCCACCGACCACAACUUUGCUGAUGAAGACCCCCGUGGGGAGUACUCUAGCACCACAAGGUCCUACCACGUCCCAAGAAACAACCCAUACCAAUGCAAUUCCUCCUCCUCCUCCCCCACCACCAAGUGAACAAACCCUGGACUCAAAAACAGACCUGCUUCCAUCAGAAUCUCCUGCCUACCCUAGCUCCACCAGUGAGGAAUAUGACCACCACAUCUGUCCACCAAACAUCUGUCUAAAUGGUGGCACUUGUAAUUUUUACCCAAUGGGGCAACUGGGCUGCCUGUGUCCUUCAGGAACAUCUGGACUCUAUUGUGAAAAUGUCAACGACGUACCGCAACGACCAAAACUUUCAGAAACAGAAGUGUCUGUUGAGGCUUCCACGGUUCAUGCAAAACUUGAUGCCAUCAGCUCCCGCCAGGUGACCUCCACCUCUAUUCUCCUUGAUCUGCAACUCUUCAUCAAGACACGGCCAAAUAUCCGUGGCAUCAGGCUGACCUAUCGCAAUCUCUCGGGCCCCGACCGCCGCCCCAUUAUUUUGAGUGUACCGGCAUCCUACCCUGAGUACACGCUGCGUGGACUCAGACCCAACUGUACCUACUUAGUCUGUGCAAGUCCCCUUGGGGAGAGAAUGACCACAAGGGUCAACAGCUCAGUGGAGACUGGGUCCUGCACGGAAGCUCGGACUGCAGGGGUUCCACUGACAUCCUUAGAACCCCGAGUGGAGACACAGAGCUCACUCACAUACACUCUCAUUCCUGCCAUAGCUGCUCUGGCACUGGUGGUGGUGUUGGCGUUGGUGGCUGGUCUGAUCAUCUGUCUGAGAAAAAGGAGGCAGAGGAAGGCAGGAAUGGAGCUCGAGCUGGGUCCUGCUGAUCCUGAUGAUUCCUUGGAAGUGGAGGGCAUCAAGGCAUGUCCGGAAAAUGGGGGAAAGGGUCCAAAACCCCACAAACAGACUGAGAUUGACCGUUGUCACACUCCAAAGCCGCCCACGUCCUUGCAACAAAAUGGCAAUUUGGACUAUGAGGUACCAUUGAUGCAAGGACACUCACCCUCAAAUAACAAUCGAUCAUCCCUUAAGCCAUCGUAUUUCUAAGAUGCAAUAAUAUAUGUGUAGUGGUUAAGCAUUGUAAGGUUUUGUUCCAGUUUGAGUGUGGCACUUAUCCUUUGGUUUGUAAAAUGACAUUACUACUGACUGGAUUGCCCAUUCAGAGAAUGAGGAGUAGUAGUCAGAUUUACAGCAUAUUGGAAAUGAGCUAAACCACUACGGGACAACGAGCAGACUGUGGUUUCAAAUGGGUUUGGUGGUGAGAAAAACCUAACCAAGUGAUUAAACAAAGUGCAAUUGACAAGAAAAGACCUUGUAGCAGAAAAUGUGCCAUUAUUUUUAACAUGGACACAACUGUUGACAAUGGUUUGUUUUAAAACUGUUUUUUGUUCAAGGAAACCGUGAAUGAGUUAUAAAAUCUGUUGCUGGACUUGGGCGCGAAACUGGAGGAAAUCGUAGCUAUGCACGAUAUAAAACAUGAAGAUUUGAACUUUGAUACGCUUUGACUCAGCUGCAUUUAAACCGGAACCGAAAGGAGUUUUGCUAUUACUUUCCACUGUUACCAUCAUGCAAUAACAUCACUGGUCAGAUAACUCUUCAAAUAGUGUCGACCAGACUCACUGACAUUUGUGGAGGUAAACUUCCAAGCAUACCAAGUUGGAUUGGACUCUGUCAACACACCCAUCUGUAAUUCUCUCCACACGUCCAAUCGCUUUUAGCUCUGUGGGAGCUAAAUUGGCCGUGAAAGACAAAUGGACUGCAUGACGAGCCACUGAGUCUGCCCGCAUUGUCGUGCCGUGACAGGAAGGCUGUUUUGUGUGGCUGUUGUCAGGAUAAUUGUUGAUGUUUUAUAUUGUUUUUGCCAUAUGUCAAUUCAGUAUUGCUGUUAUUGCGAUUUGAAACUUUAAUUGUUUUUACAUUGGGUGGGGGGGAGUGGGGGAACCUGCCUACAAGUCACUAAUGAUUGUCGUAAUUCUUUGGAAUGGAUGCUGAGAUGGAUGUUACUAAAUAAUAUAGGACUCAGGUAGUCAUCAACUUUGUACAAAACGACAUGUUAAUCUUUUUUUUUUUUUUGUAUCUGUACUCGUGCUUGUGUAGAUGUAAGUGCUAAUUGUCAUUCAAGUGCCAGAAUCUGGCCAAGAAUGGUCAAAAUGACCAGCAAUAGCCUCACCCAAGCGGUUUUAGCGAAGAUAGGUAAUUGUGCAAAGUAGCACCAUCCAAGAAAGCGCUUCCAUUCUCAAAGACCGGUCUUGUGAUAUGUAAUUCAAAACAGUAGGUAAUUGAAAUAACAGUUUUUGAUUUUGCUGACACUGCAAGAUAUGUCAUACCGUCAUUCUGAGGACAAAGGCCAAAAAUUUAGAUUGAAAGACUCGUAUAAUAAAGAGUUUUUUUUUUUUUAAUCCUCUUCUUCUUGUGCGAAGAGAGAAAUCUUAACCAGCUAAAGUGUAAAUGUUUUACAGCAGUGUGCCACUAGGCAUGCAGAUGUGUUUUAAAACAAUGCUCAUAAAACAAAAUGUUACAUCUUGGCUACAGAUGAAGCUACAGGAUAAUUAAACAGCUUUAAAAAAAUAAAAAAAAUAAAAAAUAAAAAAAAAAGGGUAAAACUGCUUUGUCAGGUUUUCGUGACUGACUGCAAUAUAAUGUGAAUUCAUACGUCACACAUAUAUGUAACAUCUCCCCAGCCAAUUAACGCAUCAACUGGAAAAAAUUUAUGCUGCUUUGGACUAUGAAAGGGACCAGCAGCUGUUUGCAACAUGGUCGCUAAAGCACCAUCAUGCUGUGUAUUGUUUGUCAAAAGUGUUUUGUCAGAAAAUUAUGCCAACAACAAGGACAGUAUUAAAAAAUAUAAAUUUUCUAUACAA